AUGGGGGACACAAAUAUGCGUAAUGAAGAUUUCCGAAAAUUAUUGGCAUCCACGCCUCGUAGAAAUGCUUCUGAUACACCUAGGGUUGAGCAUUCCAGUCACACAUUCAAACAUCCAAAAUUCAAACCAGAAAAGAAGAAACCUCAUUUAAAGGCCAAAAGAGAUAAAACUGAAGAAGAUGAAGACAACACUAAGUUGAAAGAAAUUCUCAAGAAUUAUCGUGAUAGAGCAGCAGAACGAAGAAAGGAGGGACCUGAAGAUUUUGCUUUGAACGAACGUUUAACUUCGGCUUACCGGCCUAUACCAUUAGAUUCCAAAGAUGAAGCAGAUUUACGAAAACAAGCGAUUGAGGAAUCAAAAUAUCUCGGAGGAGAUAUGGAUCACACUCACUUGGUAAAAGGAUUGGAUUACGCUUUGUUGAAUAAAGUUCGAAGUGAAAUCGCAAAGUCUCAAGAUGAUGAGAAAAUGGAUGACGAGCAAUUGGAAAAGGCUUUCAUUGAAUCCGAAGGUCCUGGCGAACUGAAGUUCGACAGUGUUCUAGCUCGUAAUAUACAUACGUUGUUGUUCAAAAAUGAGUUGCCUUUGAGAAACGAAUUAUUCGGAAAAGGACGAAUGGCAUACAUCGUUAAUAUGGAGGAAGAAGAUGAUACUGAUAUUCCCACUACCUUGAUGCGGUCUAUUCAAGAAUGUCCAAAAAAUGAAUCGAAUGCCAAUAUAAAUGCCAAUAACAUGUUGAUCUCCAAAUUGACUCAAGUUCUUUCUUACUUACGCUCUGAACACAAAAAGAAAAAGAAUAGAGCUGAAAUAACUGAAGAAGAGAAAUCUCAUAAGGAUUCGAGUAUUUUCGAAAAUGAAGAUGAAUAUGUGCCAAAGAAAGAAAGAGACAGAAAGAGUGAUAAGAACGAAGUUAAUGAUAGAAAGAAAGGAAGCUAUUUUGGAGAUUCUGAUAAAUCUAAAGAUGCUGACCGAUACAAAGACAAGGACAGAAGAGAGAAAGAUAGAGAAGAACGCCGAGAGCGAGAGCGUGAACGAGAUCGUGAACGUGAACUUCGAGAAGAGGAGGAAAAGAACCGAAGACUACAAGAAAAAAUGGAUAAACGACGAAAAGAAAUGGAAUCGGGAGGCUACGACGAAUGCUAUCCUGGGGGGUUAGCUGAAAUGGGUGGAGGAACAUGGGAUUCCGACGAAGAAGAAGAUUUAACUAAAAUGGAUAUGGGCUCAAAGAAAGGUUCAUUGAAAAGAUGGGAUUUCGAGAACGAGGAUGAGUUUGAAAAAUAUCAGAGAGGCAGAGAGGCUAACCCGAAGGCCGCUUUCCAAUUUGGAGUGAAGUCUAACGAUGGUAGAAAAACUAGGAAGUCCGGAGAUACGAACAAGAAAAUAGAUAGGGAGUUGGUCAAAAUCAACGAAAUAAAUGAAAAAAGAAAAGCUGGAGGAGACCGAGGGGACUACAAGAAACCAAAAUACUAA